AUGAAAUCCGGUACCACAUGGAUGCAAGAGGCUGCCUGGUUGCUGCUGAACAAUUUGGAUUAUAAACAAAGUGAAAUGGUGGCCCUGAAUCAGCGUAGUGCUUUUAUAGAAUAUCAGGGCCUAAGACCCUUUUAUGCGAAUCCAAUUAAAUUGUCUGAACAGCUGCCAAGUCCACGAUUAAUAAAAAGUCAUCUACCCGACUAUCUAUUGCCACAAGAAAUUUGGAAACAGAAAACAAAGCUAAUCUAUGUGGCCCGAAAUUGCAAAGAUGUCAUCGUAUCGUCAUACCACUUCACCAAAAAUGUUGGCCAUUGGUCGGGACCAAACCUCGAAGCAUAUGUCAAUGAUUUCAUAAAUGAUGAAAUAAUUUAUACGAAUUAUUGGUCUCACAUUCUGAACUUUUGGCAUAUACGUAAUGAGCCGAAUAUUUUCUUUAUUACCUAUGAAGAAAUGUCGCGGAAUUUGAAAGGUGUUCUCGAGAGGCUCUGUCGAUUUUUGGAAAGACCCCAAUUAAAUCAGAAGGAAAUGGAAAAACUAUUGGAUCACUUGUCAUUUGAUAAUAUGAAGGAAAAUAAACAAACGAAUGCCACUGCUUCGAUGAAGGCCAAAAUUCCCAACAUCAAGGAGGAUUUUCAAUUUAUGCGCCGCGGCAUUGUGGGUUCGUACCGAGACGAAUUGAGUCCAGAUUUACAAACCAAAAUCGAUGAGUGGUCCAAGAAAGUGUUAGCCGAACAUGGGCUAGCUGAGGAGGACAUUUUUGGGAAAUUUUAG